GGUGACUUUAACAGCGCCUCCUGCCCGCGCCCUCAGCAGGAACCAGAGCUCCAGCCUGCUCUGAGACUCCAAGGCUUCCGAGGCUAGCCAGAGCUGGAGGAGUUGAAGACCAGAGCCCAGAAACUGGCUUGGGACUGUCCUCGAGAGUGAGUGAUAGCUGUGGUCCUCUAACCUGUGCCUGUGAGCCAAGAGUGAAGAGGCUAGAAGCCUUGCCACCAGCGACGGGAGCAGUGACCACACUGGAUGCCUCUGGCGAGGGGGAAGGGGAGGAAAGAGAAAAACAAAGGCCAGUGAGUGAGCCAGCCAGCCAGCGAGCGAGCGCACUCUGGUGGAGGCUCACGACACCCUCCCUGUGCCUACCACAAUGUGUCAGUCAGAGAAGCCGCAAGGACCAGAGCUCCAAGCAGCAGCGAAAUGGUUGUCCUUCCCCCAGCUGGCCCUACGGCGGAGGCUAGGCCAGCUUAGCUGCAUGUCCAGACCUGCUCUGAAACUGCGCUCCUGGCCCCUGACCAUCCUCUACUACCUCCUGCCCUUCGGUGCCCUCAGGCCCCUCAGCCGGGUGGGAUGGAGGCCGGUGAGCAGGGUGGCCUUGUACAAGUCGGUGCCAACACGUCUGCUGUCGCGUGCCUGGGGUCGCCUGAACCAGGUGGAACUUCCUUACUGGCUGCGGAGGCCGGUCUACAGCCUGUAUAUCUGGACCUUUGGGGUAAACAUGACAGAGGCUGCUGUGGAGGACCUGCACCACUACCGGAACCUCAGCGAGUUCUUCCGGCGUAAGCUGAAGCCUCAGGCCCGGCCUGUCUGUGGCUUGCACAGUGUGAUCAGCCCAUCAGAUGGCAAGAUCCUCACCUUUGGGCAGGUGAAGAACUGUGAGGUGGAGCAGGUCAAGGGCGUAACCUACUCCCUGGAGUCAUUCCUGGGCCCUCGAGCCUGUACAGAGGACCUGCCCUUCCCUCCAGCCUCCUCCCAUGACUCCUUCAGGAACCAGCUGGUCACCCGCGAAGGGAAUGAGCUCUACCACUGUGUCAUCUACCUGGCCCCUGGAGACUACCACUGCUUCCAUUCCCCGACUGACUGGACCGUCUCACAUCGGCGCCACUUCCCAGGUUCCUUGAUGUCAGUGAACCCUGGCAUGGCCCGAUGGAUCAAAGAGCUCUUCUGUCACAAUGAACGUGUGGUCCUGACUGGGGACUGGAAACAUGGGUUCUUCUCGUUGACAGCAGUGGGAGCCACCAACGUGGGCUCGAUUCGCAUCUACUUUGACAGAGACCUGCACACGAACAGCCCCAGAUACAGCAAGGGUUCCUACAAUGACUUGAGCUUUGUAACACAUGCCAACAAGGAGGGUGUGCCCAUGCGCAAAGGCGAGCACCUGGGCGAGUUUAACUUGGGCUCUACUAUCGUGCUUAUCUUUGAGGCACCCAAGGACUUCAACUUCAGGCUGAAGGCAGGGCAGAAGAUCCGCUUUGGGGAAGCGCUGGGCUCCCUCUAGUCUCCUGGUUGCAGCUGCCAAGGGAUCUUUCCACACAGGAGCAUGAGGUCUUCAGAGGCUCCCCAGGCUGUCCGGGCGAGAGGCACUGUGGGGCUGACCUGGUAGGACCUGAGUGUUGGUUCUUGCCUGCCCAGAGGUGCAGAGGAGAGGUUCUGAAUCUGUCAGGACCUAGACCCCCAUUACAGAACGUGGGUAUGAUUUGACCUCAGAAUCACUUAGAGAGGUUUUUUAAAACUUUGUGUAAGUUGGAGAUGCUUCAUCUCCUAAGGACUGUGAGAACGGUUAUGUGCUACCACACCCUCAAGCUGCACCCCAUAUCUGUCUCGGGCCUUAGCUUCUUCUGUCAGCCCUCUGCCCUUUCAGCCUUAGCUUCUCUGCCUCCCUCACUGAGCACAGGGUGAGGUGCAUCCUUGACACAGACUGGGGAUCUACCCUCUUCUUAGAGCAGGCCACAUGGCCUUCACAACUGCUUUCUGUUCCCAAAUCCACCCCUCUGCUUGCUAGAAAAGUAAAAUCAUUUAUGUGUUGCUGAAUGCGCUGACCUAGACUCCGCCAUUGUCUUCUGAGGGCAUUGAUUAAUGAUGUAGACCUUUGUAGGCCCCAAGGUCUGACCUUCUAAAGCUGGCUGAGUCCCUUUGCCAGUAGGCAAAACCAAUUACUGACUUGCCUGGUAGUGUCCAGAGUAAAGGGGAGGUGGAGGCCCAGCCCUGUGGGAAGUAGGAGACAUGCUGCUGUUGGUCUAGGGCUCUGUUGGAGGCAGAGAGUAUGGUGGCCAGUGCCCAGAAAUCCCGGUCCAGGUGGCUGCCAGAUAUGCAGACCAUGGGGACCCAGGGGGAAGAACAAGGCCAGAUUUCAUGUUGAUCUUGGAGAUGCCAUGAAUUUCUCCUGUAGGAGAAAUCAUUGAACUUUUUUAACUGUAUCAGUAAUACAGUAUUUUGUAUGAAAAGUAGGAGACUUCUGAACAGUAAUUCACUUAAUUGCCAGACAUUUUGAAAUAAAAACCCAAAACCAUUGUG